AUGUCGAGUCCUCGGCCUUGCAAGCGGCAGCGCAUCUGCCGGGCCUGCGAUCAGUGCCGCCGGCGCAAGUCAAAGUGUGAUGGCGAACAGCCCGUGUGCCGUAUAUGCCAGGCGGCGGGUCGCAAUUGUUCCUAUGAGAACGGCGGUGGGCGACGGGGCUUACCUACGGGGUAUGUGAGAGGACUUGAGACUGCGCUGGGAUUGAUGUUCCAGAAGAAUCCAAGCUGUGAGAAAGAUCUUCUCGUCCUGUUACGUGAACGUCGGACUGCGGCGUCUAGGAAUCGGGCUGUGGAUCGCUGGCGAAAUUCCAAGGCUGCGACCAUUCUAUCACAGUCAUCACCGGCUGGACCGGGAGAUUUAUCCACUGAAGAAAAUGUCGAUGAUGAUGGGGAGUGGGUGGUGGACGAGAAACACAAUGCUCCUAGUGAACAAGAAUCCGCAGCACCUCGCCCUAACGAAGCAGGCAUCAUUCAAAAAACGCCAAGUGCACAAACGGAGUGCAACGAAGCGAUCGAUAUGCCCUUACCGAGUAAUACAUCGGAGCUGCUUGAUGUCUAUUUUGUUUAUACACAUUCGUGGUUUCCGAUUCUCGAACGCCGUGUUCUGCUGCGAGCCAUGUACACCUAUCCAGGAGAACAGCCAUUCCACAGCUCAUGUCACUUCGUUCUCUGGGCUGUCAUCGCCUAUGCGAGCUUGAUAAAAGGAGACAGUACAUUGACUGUCACACCAACAGAAAUUUCGCUCUGCAUUCGGAAGAGAAUCCUGUCUAACUCCAUGACAUUAGACUUGGAUGUCGUUCGCGCCCUUAUAAUCCUUGUCCUAGUGCACCUUGACAUUGGAGAUAUCCAGUUGGCCUGGGUAUUAAUAGGUCAGGCCGCCAGAAUGCUAUAUCUUCUACCGAAAUCGUCUCAAACUGGCCGAUUCCGUAAUGCAUUCCAUGGCUGCAUGUUCUUGGACACCGUCAUAUCAGCGUUUCUGGGACGUGCACCCUCAUUAUCUACUGAGGAGCAGUUGAGCUGUGGCCCGGUAGAAGAAGACGAUAUGGAAGAAUGGGAUAGUUGGAGCAUAUCAGGCAAUGUGGCAGGAAGAGGACCUCUCCAAUCGUUAAGCAUAUUCAACCGACUAAGACAACUCACGCAGGUCCUUUCCAGCAUCCUGUAUCACUCGGACCAUGGACCUGCGCAUUCCUCUCUGGGAAAUAUCAUCGAGAAGACCAAGGCUGUCCUGGAAAGACAUCCAUAUACCGGCCGAGACUCAGCAACACCGCCACUGCUCACACUACAUCUAACAACUGCGUUUGUGAUUAUGACAGCAAUUCAUCGCUUCGAAAUAUCAGACCCCUCUGCAUUAGCGGAGACCUCGCAUUGUUUAAUGGGUUUAUUGGGCGAUUAUACAGAAGUUAUGAAGUCCUCAAGAGCAUCCCCUCUGCUCCGUUACUUUGCGCUGCAGUGCCAGUAUUGUCUCGAAGUCCAGCCCCAAAGCUAUGAAAUUGUCGUCUUGAGGAACCGCAUUUCAUCAUACCUGGAAGAAAUACCUGGAAGCCAGAUUACCAACAACAAGGCCGCUGGGGAUUCAAGCUUACUCGCCUCCGUUACCGAUAUAAACAGCGACCGAUCUCAUAUUAUUGGAAAACUGAAUGCCAGAGAAAUGCCAUUCCUUGAACUGGAAAGCUAUCCCCAAUCAGCUACCGCGAAUACCAUGCAAAUGCCAUAUGCAACUCCAGUCUCCAACAUCGAGAACCUAACCACGGACAAGCCGUAUGUGCCGCCCUCCCUGGGAGAAGCGGAUGCAUUUGAUGAAUUGUUCGAAGAGUUGGUGACUUCAAUACCAAGUGCGAGGCUCGAGCCGGAGUUUGCACACAAUCUGGGCUUCUACGCCGGCGACCUCGACACCGACUUUAUGACCCAGCUGCAGCGGUCACCGAAUGGAUGA